AUUGACAUUUUCAGCCAAUGGAAAUGUGUAGUACUUGAGCUGGGACUUCCGUGAUGUUGUUGUCAGAAAGAUGGCAUCCCUGGACAGAGUGAAGGUGCUGGUGUUAGGCGACUCUGGUGUUGGUAAAUCGUCCCUAGUACACUUACUAUGCCAAAACCAGGUUCUGGGAAACCCGUCGUGGACUGUCGGCUGCUCUGUCGACGUAAGGGUCCACGACUACAGAGAAGGCACGCCAGAAGAGAAGACCUACUAUAUUGAGCUGUGGGAUGUCGGAGGAUCUGUAGGCAACGCCAGCAGUAUCAAGAGCACCAGGGCUGUCUUCUAUAACUCAGUUAAUGGUAUCGUCUUGGUCCAUGAUCUGACCAAUAAGAAGUCAUCUCAGAAUCUGUACCGCUGGUCAUUGGAGGCCCUCAACAAAGACUCCUCCCCCACAGGCGUCAUCGUGUCUAACGGUGAUUACGACCGUGAGCAGUUUGCCGAUAACCCGGUUCCCCUGCUGUUGAUCGGCACCAAAUACGACCAGAUCCCGGAGACCAAGCGCAGCGAGGUGCUCACACGCACCGCCUUCCUAUCAGAGGACUUCAACGCUGAGGAGAUCAACCUGGAUUGUACCAACCCCCGCUACCUGGCAGCCGGCUCUUCCAAUGCUGUCAAGCUGAGCCGCUUCUUCGAUAAGGUGAUAGAAAAGAGGUAUUUCACUAAGGACCCAAAUCAACUGGCCGGCUUCACAGACCGCAAGCGCUUCAACUUCAAGAGUCUACACUAUGACUGAACCAGACAGAUAUCAAGAACACAUACACACACACACAGACACAGACAGACACACACACACACACAGACACAAACAGACACACAGUCACAGUCACACCCCCUGUACAGACACAUCACCUCUGAUGACUAUUAAAACGUGCGGUCUUAAGGAAUAGAUAAACACUGAGUGCGUAUACAUGCAGUUCAGUAUCCCGAAUAUGAUCGGGAUAUUAAGUAUCCCGAAUUUGCGUUUGAGCAUAUAAACACAUCAGUAUCCCGAAUAAGCCCUUAUUCGGGAUACUAAGAAAUCGGGAUAUGCUAGGUGGAGUAUUCAGAAGCCGGGAUACUGCCGCAUGUAAACACCUUAUCCCAGAUACAAGGGCUUCCCAUAGAACGCUGUCGCUGGUAUCCAGGCUACACGCAUUUGAAGAGAAUUCUACAAUGGCCAAGAAUGUUGACUGGGAUAUACGUUCUGUGCUCAUAUAAACACCUUAUCCCGAAUAUGAUCAUAACCGGGAUAUGCCUCAUAUUCGGGAUACUGAACAGCAUGUAUACGCACUCACUCACUCUCACUGAGAGUAUUUAUCAAUCUAUUCCUUCUCACACACACAUCUAUACCGUCACACAUUGCCAUGUUUUACACACACACACAUACUGUGACUAAAAAUGUUUGAUUUUUUUACCUGGUGCAGUUGACAGUUGGAGUCUGUAUUGAAGCACUAUGAUUUCCAUUGCCAGUUUACAAUAGUUUGCAAUGAAAGGUCUGACUAAAGGUGGUUCGUAAUGAGACAUCUGACCAAUAGUGGGGUGAAAUAUCCUGUUUGCUAUAUUAGCAGGCAGAUUAUGAAUAUUAUGUGUGUGUGUUUGUGCUGAUGUCUACCAGGAACAGAGUAAAGACAUGCUGCUGUACUACAGA